AUGAAGCCAUUUGUCACAGGACAUGAAGAGUUGAUACAUGACAUCAAGUAUGACUUCUACGGGAAAACCAUUGCUACAUCAUCAUCCGACCAGCAUAUAAAGACAUUCGACUUGGACGCGUCGACCUCGUCAUGGGUCCUCAAUGACCUGUGGAAAGCCCACGACUCGCUGAUUGUGCGAGUUUCAUGGGCCCACCCCGAAUUCUCGAAUUCCAAAUUGCUCGCAUCGUGCUCGUAUGACCGAACGGUGAAAAUCUGGCAGGAACAGCCUGAUGAAAUGCACGGCUCGGGUCGAAGGUGGGUGCGAAUGGCUACACUCAAUGACUCGCAUGGUCCAAUAUACGACGUUGUCUUUGCGCCCAACCAUUUGGGGUUAAAGCUCGGAUGCGUGGGCAGCGACGGCAUAUUCAGGAUCUACGAGUCCUUGGAACCGAACGACUUGACCAACUGGAGUCUAACGACAGAACUACCAGUUCUCAGCCACCAAUUGCCCGCGAAAACGUUGCAGAGUAGUUUCGGCAUCGAGUGGUGCCCUUCGAAAUUCACAGAGACUGAAAAGUUUAUAAUUGUUGCGUUGGACCAAGGGUUCAUUUAUCAAGGCUCUCCGAAACAGGGUGAAAACAGAGACGAUAAUAACGGCAAUGAAAAAUACGUCAAGAUCUGCAGUCUACCAGAACAUAAUGGCUUAAUUCGGUCAGUAAGCUGGGCGCCAUCCAUGGGUCGCAGUUAUCAUCUCAUUGCAACGGCGUGCAAGGACGGGUUUGUGCGAAUAUUCAAGGCCACGGAAGAGGCAGCUGGUGAUUUAAAGAUUGAAGAGCUAGCGAAGCUCGGCGACCACAAAUCGGAGGUGUGGAGGGUCAACUGGAACAUGACUGGUACAAUUCUCUCCUCGGCUGGAGACGAUGGCAAGUUGAGGCUAUGGAAAUGCAACUACUUAAGCGAGUGGAAGUGCAUGAGCGUGAUCAACACCAGUAACCGAUCAGAUAG